AUGAAGAGUAGUGUGGAGGAGUUCACGGCGGGCUAUUACGGGCUGUGCGCCGCCGGAGGAAUGCUCAGCGCCGGCACUGCUCAUCUCGCCAUAACCCCUUUCGACGUCUUGAAGGUCAAAAUGCAGGUGAAUCCAGUGAAAUACCAUGGCAUUCUAUCAGGCUUUAGUACUCUGUGCAGAGAAGAAGGUGCUUCUGCACUUUGGAGGGGUUGGUCAAGCAAACUCUUCGGUUACGGCUUACAAGGUGGCUUCCGAUUUGGUCUUUACGAAUAUUUUAAGACCUUAUACAGUGACAUACUGGUGGAUCAAAACAAGGGGGUCAUAUUCUUUCUCAGUAGUUCGUCUGCUCAAAUAUUCGCCGAUAUUGCUCUUAGCCCUUUUGAAGCUGUCAAAAUACGAGUUCAAGCACAGAGGAAUUUUGCCAAGGGCUUGGCUGAUGGGUUUCCAAAACUUUAUGCUACCGAAGGAUUUUAUGGAUUCUACAAGGGUUUGCUUCCUCUUUGGGGUCGAAAUCUGCCAUUCUCCAUGAUAAUGUUUACAACAUUCGAGCACUCUGUGGAGCUAAUAUAUAAGAAUGUCAUACGAAGAAAGAAGGAAGAUUGCUCGAGAGCACAACAACUUGCCGUGACGUGUUUAGGUGGCUAUGCAGCUGGAGCUAUUGGCACUGUAAUCUCUAAUCCUGCUGAUAAUAUUGUUUCAUCCCUUUACAAUAAAAAGGCUGCAACUAUCCUGCAGGCUGUGAAGAAAAUUGGGGUUGCUAAUUUGUUUACUAGAAGUCUUCCUGUUCGGUUUGCAAUCGUGGGUCCUGUUGUUAGUCUGCAGUGGUUUUUCUAUGACAGCAUCAAAGUGUUAAAUGGACUGCCCACUAGUGGAGGGCUGAGAAGGCAUCUGAUAAAUCCUGAAUGCUAAACUGUAAAAGAUGGUCGAACUUUUUUCUGCAGCGGCAAAUCAACAGAGAGAGUGCUUUAGAGGAUUUACAUGGAUGUGGUGACUAACAUUAAUGGUGCUUUGAGUUUUACCUGUUGGCAUAUUUCACCUUAUUCUUUAUCCGGUAAUGAAAACAGAAUAUCCCGAGCUCAUCUUUCCUCCUCGGUUUUGUAUGAUCUAAAGCUUGCAUGCCUUGAUAUUCUCCUCCGGUCACCUAGUUUGAAGCCGGUUAGUGUUUGGUUAUGAGAAAAAUGCAGCCCAUUUUGAUGUUUAUUCACUGAGGCUCUAUUAGCUAGGAAAAUGGUAAGAAAAUAUCUGUGUUUUGUGUUUGAAAACAUCAUAGGUGUAAUUGUGAUUGUAUAUAAAUUGCAGAUUAUUAUUUAGUACUUGUGUUAGAAUGAACAGGAUUCUGAAUCUGUUUUUGCUGUGCCAG